AAAAAAAUUGGCAAGAGUUUAUAUGUCCACGUCAAGCGGUGGGAAAAUUCUAAAAAAAGUAAACCAAAACCAAAACUAGGGUUCUUCUUCCUAAUUUUAAACCCUCCACCAAUAUCCCCCUUUCUCUCUCUAUUUCCCGUAUAAAUCUUUCGAUUCUCUCUCCUGAAUCUGAAAACACAACACAAGAUUGAAGAAGACGAGUAUGCCUCCGAGAACAAAGAAAUCGGCGUCAACUCCGGCCAAGAAGUCCGGCAGGUUGUCCAGAACUGCGGCGAAGACGGAAGCUAAAUCCGAUGAUGGGAUAAACGAGGUCGUUAGGGAUGAAAUUAACGACAACGUUAAAGUUUCUGAGCUUGAUAACGACGUUGACAGCUCUGCGGAUCUGAAUGUUGAGCCCCAAUCCCAGGCUAAUGGAUCCUUUAUCUUAACAAAAGAAGAUGAGGUUAAAGAGGAUGAGUAUGAAAAAGAUGAACGGUUGGACCUUGAGGAUAAUGAACCAGAAUAUGAACCAGAAGAAUAUGGUGGUGAGUAUGAUGAGAAGGAAGUUGACCAAGAUGAUUUCCAGGAGGACGGGGAUGAAGGUAUGGAAGAAGUCGAGGAAAGUGAUCUUGCUGAAGAGGAGGAGGAAGAAGAGGAGGGAGACAUGGCUGAGGAGGAUAUAGAAGAAGUUCCAGAGGAACUUGGGGUUGAAGAAGUCGAUGAGCAUGCUGAUGCAGAUGCUGAUGAGGGCCGUGAGCAUCAGCAUCACCAUGACCAUGGCCAUGAUGAUGAGCAUGCUGAACUGUUCGAUGCUGCAGAAGAACGUGAACACCAUGAACUUGUCAAAGAGAGGCGUAAACGUAAAGAAUUUGAAGUAUUUGUUGGUGGUUUAGACAAAGAUGCUACUGAGGAGCAUUUGAAGGAAGUUUUUAGUGUUGUUGGCGAGGUUACUGAAGUCAGGCUCAUGAUGAACCCUCAGACCAAAAAGAACAAGGGCUUUGCAUUCCUACGUUUUUCUACUAUUGAACAAGCAAAGCGAGCUGUCAGCGAGCUUAAAAAUCCUGUGGUAAAUGGGAAGCAAUGUGGUGUCACACCAAGUCAGGACAGCGAUACCCUGUUUUUGGGUAACAUAUGCAAGACAUGGACAAAGGAAAAAUUAAAAGAGAAAUUGAAACUUUAUGGAAUAGAAAAUAUCGAGGAUUUGACGUUAGUGGAAGAUAGUAACAAUGAAGGAAAAAAUAGAGGUUUUGCCUUUUUGGAGUUCUCUUCCCGUUCCGAGGCCAUGGAUGCUUUUAAACGUCUUCAGAAGAGGGAUGUUUUACUAGGAGUUGAGAGGCCUGCAAAAGUUUCUUUUGCAGAUUCUUUCAUUGAUCCUGGAGAUGAAAUAAUGGCCCAGGUCAAAACUGUGUUUAUUGAUGGUCUCCCUGCCUCAUGGGAUGAGGACCGUGUUCGUAUCCUGCUCAAGAAUUUUGGGGAAAUUGAAAAGGUUGAACUUGCUCGCAAUAUGCCAUCUGCGAGAAGAAAGGAUUUUGGCUUUGUUUCUUUUGACUCUCAUGAUGCAGCAGUAACAUGUGCUAAGAGCAUCAAUAAUGCAGAAUUGGGGGAAGGAGAUCACAAGGCUAAAGUACGCGCCAGAUUGUCCAGGCCAUUGCAGCGGGGUAAAGGCAAAAAUCCCCGUGUUGAUCAUAAUAAGGGGGGUCGUGUUGCUGGGCGGCGUCCUAGGGCUCCUUGGAACCGUCCAUUACCACGUCCCCUUCCUCCUCGUAUGAGGGCAAUUGGUAGCCGGCCCCCCAUUGUUGUUGGCCGUGGCUUGAAGAGGCCUGUUGGAGUACGGGACAGGCGUCCCCCACCACCUAUGCCUGCUAGGGCCAGACCACUGCCACCUCCGCCAAGGUCAUAUGAGAGAAGAGCUCCUGGUCCUCCACCACCCAAGAGUAGCUUGAAGAGAGAUUAUAUCAGGAGGGAAGAGCUCCCUCCAAGGAGUAGGGCUGUGGCAGAAUAUGGAUCUAGGUUGCCACCCGAAAGGCGUCCAUCUUAUAGGGAUGAGUACGCUGCCCGUUCACCUGUUUACCCUGAUGUGCAUAGGAGCAGUGCGUCGCGCUCUGCAACAAGGAGACCUUAUCCAGAGGAUAAUUAUCCCCCAAGAUAUGAAAGACCACCUCCAAGUUAUCGUGAAGGGCGUCCUCGUGAUUAUGAUUCUAUUUCUGGUUCGAAACGCCCGUAUAGUGCUAUGGAUGACGUUCCUUCACGGUACACUGAUCCUGGUCAUGGUAUGCGUCAUUCGAGGGCACGUGUAGACUAUGAUGUCCCUUCAGGAAGCUCUCAGUAUGCGGAUACUUAUGGUGAUAGAAUGGGGAGAUCCACUGCUGGAUAUAGUGGCAGCGGCAGCAGAAGUUCGGUGUCUGCUCAGGAUUCUCACGGGCUUUACAAUAGUCGUCAGGGAAUGAGCUAUAAUGGUUCAUACAGCGGCAAUAAUGAUGGUGUGUAUUCUUCAAGCUAUAGCAGUGAAUAUGCUUCCCGUGGAUCUGAUGUUGGUGGGAGCUCUUACUCGUCAUUGUAUUCUGGCCGUGGUAUGAGUGGCAGUGGUUACAUGGGAGGUGGCAGUUCUGGAUCAUAUUACUGAGUUGGUUUAGAUAUUCUACUGUGAAGCAGCAAAGAUACCUUAAAAUUUAGCGUCUUUGCAGAAGCAACAUGUGUUAUUUUGCUGCUUUAACAGUUGCAAUUUUCAUUUUAUCGCUAUUUGUUCAUAUGAGGGCGAUGCUAAGGUCACUUAGGUGAUGUGGGGGUUGAUGGUUCUAGUUGUUUAUGUCUUUUGCAAUAGCACUUAUCCCAUUCAAGGGUGAGUGAAGAUAAAUCAAAAUUUAUUUGUUGGUUUAGCAUAGUACCUGAUGUAGGUUUAGAUACAGAGAAUUUAUGUUUUAAAUUUUCCCUGUAAGGAGUUUUUUUGUUUUGAUGAAGUUAAACAGGCAAGAAAUGAUCUAUACAUUGACAAUUUAUGUAAUCUGUCUUUCCUCUACUUUGUAUUGUAAGAGACUAGACUAAAGAGUUGUUUGUUUUCUA